AUGAGUUGCCAGAAAGCUGCACUUGAGUUAAACACAGGGUCACAGCCUGGGCCAAAGAGCCCUGAGAGAACAGAGGGUGUAACUGCAUGUGAAGAUUAUAGCACAAGCCUGCUUGAAAACCAACUCAGUGUGGGUGACUUUGUAAAAAUACAGAAGGCCUUUGAGUCCCCAGAGCCAAGAGAAAUCAUUUGUAUGUCCAGAGAAGACUUCAUGCAGAAGAUGACAAAGAUUGUUGGUUGGGGCACAAAGGAAGAAUACGGGGAGCUCUUUGACAAAGUGGAUGUGGCCCAAGAUGGCUUCAUUAACUGGGACAAGCUGACUUCAUUUAUACUGCUAGAGCUUUACGAGCAAGAUGAACGAGCAAAGACAACUGUGGUGCCCCAGUGGAAGGACCUUGAAUUCCUCCCAGUAAAACACAAGGACAUCAUUCAAAAAGUAAUUUUCUUAAAAAGUUCAAGUCAUUAUCUGACGAUCAGUAAAGAAGGUUUAUUAGCAAUCUGGGAAGAGAAUUUAAAGCUGCAAGAAACAUUCCCCAUCACUUCAGAUGCCACCAAGCUCAAACACCUGUGGGUGACAAGCCUGGUUCCUCUGGAAAAUGUGAACAAGAUAGCAGUGGCUUUUACAAGUAAAGAGAUUUGUUUCUAUGAUCUGCCGUCCAAAGAAGAAUUUGCUUGCCAGUACAAACUCCAAGGUCUGAAAGGAACACCAAUUUGCAUGGAUUAUUGGUAUGAUCCUCUUGAUACCAAUGAAUCAAUUCUUUCUUUUGGAGAUAUAACUGGAAAGGUUCAAGCAAUUGCUUUCACAGCAGCCAUGAUUUCCCUGUUUGAUCGGCCUGCUAGUGCAUGUGAAGACGGAGAAGCCACCAUGACCAUUAACUGGGCAGAGCUGCUCUCUGGAUGUCACAAAUGUUGCUAUAUAUUGGAGCAUAAACUUCAUCAUGGAGAUUGGGUCAGGCAAGUUACUUACAGUGCAUCUUUAGAUGCUAUCAUUUCCAGUACAACCAGCAAUACUAAUACUGUGGUUCUUGCUUGGAGAGAGACCAAGCAUCUUCAUAUGACAUCCUUCAACAUUGCCCAGGGCAUUCAUGCUUUUGAUUACCACUCUCGGCUCAAUUUAAUUGCAACUGCUGGCAUUAACAAUAAAGUUUGCCUUUGGAAUCCCUAUGUUGUCUCUAAACCACUGGGUGUCCUUUGGGGCCACUCAGCCAGUGUAAUAGCCGUCCAAUUCUUUGUGGAAAAAAAAAAACUUUUCAGUUUCUCCAAGGAUAAAGUUUUGAGACUCUGGGAUAUUCAACACCAGCUGUCCAUCCAGAGGAUAGCUUGUUCUUUCCCCAAAAGUCAGGAGUUCAGCUGUCUCCUUGGCUUUCAUGAAGCCCAUGGACGCCUUUUCAUCUCGUUUAAUAACCAGCUGGCAUUGUUGGCAAUGAAAAGUGAAGCCAGCAAGAGGGUGAAAAGUCAUGAGAAAGCAGUCACUUGUGUUCUUUACAACUUUAUCUUGAAGCAGGUAAUCAGCUCUGACACAGGGACCACUGUUUCCUUCUGGAUGAUAGACACUGGGCAAAAAAAUCAGUUUACUGGUUGCCAUGGCAAUGCGGAAAUCAGCACUAUGGCCCUUGAUGCAAAUGAGACUCGGCUUUUGACUGGCAGCACAGAUGGGACUAUAAAGAUAUGGGACUUCAAUGGAUAUUGUCACCAUACCCUAAAUGUUGGGCAAGAUGGAGCUGUGAAUAUUUCACAAAUCCUCAUUCUUAAGAGGACAAUACUGGUUACAGGCUGGGAGAGGGCUAUUACUGUGUUUGGACCCCAAAACUUCAAUCGAUUUUUCAUCCAGGCUGAAAAAUGGAAAGGAGGUGUACAGCACCACGAUGACAUCUUGUGUGCUGCAUUUUUACCUCCACAAACUCUUGUUACGGGGAGUUAUGAUGGAUAAAUUGUUCUAUGGAACAAUAGCACAGAAAAGGCUCAUCAUGUUCUUCACCCCAAUUAUCAGAGAUUGCUAACAUCAAAAUUAGAUACAAAACCUCGAGAACUUCUCACUCCUGGGAGAAGCCACUCCACCCACCCCAUGGCAGACCACUCUGCCAUGGGAGUCCAAGACUUUGAGAUUGACACUGAGGGCAAAAAUGCUGUUACGCGGCUUUGCUUCCUUAAAGCAAGAAAAAACACUGCAGUGACAGGAGGAGCUAACCUGGUAUCAUGUGGAGGAUCUGGUUAUGUCAGAUUUUGGGAUAUACAUAAGAAGCAACUUCUGGCUGAAUUUUUGGCUCAUAGUGGAGUUGGAUUGAUUAUGUCUACUAAUAAGAUUAAUCGAUACCUUGCCACAGGAGAUCUUGAUGGAUGGUUGAAAAUCUGGAAUAUAGAGGAGUACUGUCUUAAUUCCAGUCAGAACAAAAUCACCAAGGCCACAACUCUGAUAAGAUCAUUCCAGCCUCAUAAGGGCCAGAUAAGUUCCUUAGAGAUAUGUGAACUGGGUGGUCAGUUACCGAUGAUCAUCUCCUCCUCUGCAGACUGCGGCAUUUGUGUGACUGGUGUCUGCAAUGCUCCUGUUUGGAUCUUUGGCCAGGCAAAGCACUGGCAUAUUGAAAACUGCCUUUUCCUUCCUAAAAGAGAUGCUAAUUCAGUGGAAAGUGAGAUUCAAAAGGAUUUGUUUUCUAAGGAGGAAUCUUAUUUAGACUCAACAGAACAUUCUCUACCUAAUAAAAAAAAAAAAGAUGAUUCAGCAUACAAGACACUUGAGAUUGUCAGUCAUUAUACCUCCCCUUUCACAGCCAAGAGUCAAGAGAAGGGAGAUCAGUUAGAGCCUUCUUCUCAUAGGACUGAUGCCAAGGCUGCUGGAUCCCAUAUGUCAGAAGAUAUAAAUUUAGACAUAAAAUCUAAGAAAUACCUGUAUGAAAAAAAACCGUAUUACGAUGAAGUAAAAAAAUCAUUCAAUGCAUUUAGGUCAUUAAGCAUUGGAGCCUUGGAAGAACUGCCUGAAGUAAAUAAACCUGCUUUCCUUCUAGACGAGAAAUACUUCAGGAAAGAGCCCGAGAAGCAUCCCCAAAUUCGAGACCUCAUCAGCAUUUUCUUUUGUUUGAAAGCUGUAUUUGAUGAGAAAAGCCUGUUUCCCAAGGAAAUUCUGGGUCAUGAAUGAAAAGCCAAGCAAUUUUGCCAGGAAAGAAGUUGUGAAGUAAAGAAAAAUACAAAGUAA